CUGUAAACUUUAUCAUCUAUCUUCUCAAAGAGCUGGUAAGCAUCGGGUGAGCAUUGGAGCAAAUUUAUUGACAUUGAACUAGGAUAAUCCAUGACUCUAAAUCAGUUAAAUAGAUAAUAAAAAGAAAUAGCAAUAAGCUAGAAAUCAAUCCAAACCCAGCCAAUAAGAGACCAGCACAAACAAAAACAAACCAAGGUAAUUGUUGCCAUAGAAACACACAUGAUUUUGGCGAAUUAAAUUUAAAAUUUAAAAUCUGAGUGACUCAUUGUCAGUGAGAGAGAUCACAAGAUUCUGAUGAACACAAGUAGAUCCUGAAUCCAGCUUCUCAUUUAAUUCAUCUCUCGGCUGCAGCCAAAAGAUAUUCAAUUCAAGUGACUCAUAGUCGCUUUUAAACUGACUAACCCAAGUUAACGCCCUGUUUUUCAUGUUUAUUAUAUUUCUGGUUUCGAUGUCAUCUCUUGCAACUCUUGUGACAAUUGAAUUUUUUUUGUUGAAACUUCAAUUUAAGAUAAUGAAGGGAAGCUGGAGGUCUCACUAUAAUAAUUGAUUGACUUUAAUUCAAGAAAUUGAAGGAAGUUGAAGAUAACCAUAAAUAUGAAGCUAAGUUUAGGUAACCAGCGAGGAAUUGACUUACUCUGUUAGCUAGUCAAAAAAUUAUAUGAACUGGUUUCUUUUUUUGAGAUUUUUCGUGAAUAUCUCGAAUUAUUUGCAGUUUAAUUUACAGGCAAAGAUCUUGAUAUGUUGACACUAAUGAGAAUACGCGAAGGCUGGAAAUUGUUAAAGUGUUUACGCGUUAGUUUACUCGUAUGCAGACUCGAGUAUCGAGCUAGUACCCGUAUACAUACCUGAUGCCUUAUAUGUUUGUUGUUAACCUCUGAAAAGUGAGCAGCCAUCAGAAAUAAACCAUAUUCACCAAAUUGCAAUUAAAGUUCAACUCAAUUAACGCAAUACUAUGAUUUUGAAGUUUUAAUUUUUCUGUUGAAACGAGUUUAAUGUAUUUUAAUUUCCAUGAAUGUUAACAAUUGAAGAUUGACUGGUUAAUGAAAACUGAGAGUUUAGUUGUUGGAAUACAAAAAGAGAAUGAUUCUGAUUGGUUAAAAGUGGUUCAUUUGGACUCGCCCUUGUCUUCCUUAUCCAGUUGCAGUUGGAGUUAUAGUUGGAGUUUGAGUUUGAGUCUGAGUUGAAGUGCUAUGAAUAAACGUGAAUUGUAUCAUAAUGAUGACGAAGAUGAAGAUGAAGAAGAUGAAGAAGAUGAUGAUGAUGAUGACGAUGGUUAUGUAAGGGAGAGUUGAUAUGAGUGAGAAGAAAGAGUGAGAAGUAUAUUUUGGAAUAAAAUUGAUGAUGAAAAUCCUAUAAAGAUUAUAAUGGACAGUUGAGUUGAUGUAAGAAGCCGAGUUUAAUUCAAGUUUGUUUUGUGUGUUUGGUGAUCAGUGAAUUGUGAUCAGUUGCAAGUGAUCAGUUAAAAGUGAUCAGUUAUUAAUAAUCAAGUGAAUAGGAAACAUUGAAAUUAAAUUAUGAACACAAAUUUUGAUCAUUGUUUCUAUCAAACUGGACCUCAUCAUCAACCAGGACAUGAUCAACAUGCAAUGACUUAUAAAUUUUCUGGAAUAUCAUUAACACCAAGUGCAUAUAAGAAUCAGCACAAUAGUUCAGGUUCAGUGUCAUCUUCACUUGCAUCUGCAUUAACUCCAUCAUUAUCUUCAUCAUCAGCAUUAAGUGAUCAACAACAACAACAACAACAACAACAAGCCCAAACACAAGCUCAAGUUCAUCAUUCACAGACAGCACAAGCACAGCAACAAUCUCAAUCGCAACACAACAACAACAACAACACUAAUCAUCAUCCUCAUCAUCAUCAUCACCACACUAAUCAUCCUAGUAAUAGUUAUGGGAUUGAUAGUUCAGGUAAUCCAACAACAGGAUCAAGUGGAUGUAGUAAACUUUAUGAUCAUUCAUCUCCCGUCUCAGUAGGUCAAAACUCUGUGAAUGUUUCAAAUGCUGUAGGAUCUGCAAGUUCAUCAUCAGUCACAGGUUCAGGUUCAGGGAUUGCAGGUGCUGGGACAGUCAAUAGUGGUUCAAGUGUAGUAAGUGGUUCUAGUGUCCCAAUGAAUGUUUCAGUCCCAGGAGAUUCAAUGAGGUUUGAUGCGGCUGCUUAUUCAAGAUCAGUUUCAGAUGUUUGUGCAGCUUAUUGUCAAUCAUCACAAGCCGUUAUAAGCGCUCCACCAAACUUUUAUCCUUGGAUGACACCAAUAAGUGUCGGUAUGACAUGUUUCCCUGGGGGCAAUGGACUGCGUCGUAGAGGUCGUCAGACCUAUACGCGCUAUCAGACUCUUGAGCUAGAAAAAGAGUUUCACACAAGUCAAUAUUUGACUCGUCGACGUCGCAUUGAACUGGCUCACGCUCUUUGCCUAAGUGAACGUCAGAUUAAAAUUUGGUUCCAAAAUCGUCGGAUGAAACAGAAGAAGGAAAUUCAGGCAAUCAAAGAGCUCAAUGCACAAAGUAAAUCUUCUCAGUCUACAUCAUCAUCAUCAUCAUCCAACAAUCAAUCAAGCAACACCAACUCAUCGCGCAACCAUCGAAGUGGUUCAGGUAUAACUGAACACUCAAAUGGCCUGAAACACGAAUAACAUGAAACGUAUGGAAAGACCAAAAGACCAUAUACAAAGACCAUCGACAGGUGAAAAUACUCGAAAUACUUUAUCAUCCUUUGCCAAAACUGGAGGAAAAAAUAGCGACACAAGAAUCCAAGUCAUCAUUCAAUUUUCAUCAUCAAUGGACACAAAUCAUCAUCCAUCGCCAUUCAUCACCAUCAUCACCAUUGGAUCAAGGAAAAUCAAGGCCAACACUGACACACAAAUUA